AUAUACCGUUUGGAGAUCAAAUAGGCUGAUUACUUGUGAUUGAACUAGCGGUCCUUUGUUGAUUUUUAAUCAUAAAAGACAUUUGGGAGUGGUUCGGACUCAGUUUCCCAUUAUUCACCGCGCUCCUUUGACGUCACUGCCUCGCGACCGAACGUGCCUCUCCGGUCAGCAUUAGCUUAGUUCUCUGUUUCCACACGUCUACGCCCACUAUGCGGAAAUAAUUGGCUACAUACCUCACUCGUUUGGUUUAAUUGUGCUUAUUUAUGAAAACGACCAACACGGAAACACACCAAAGGAGUUUACGUGUGGGAAAAUGAGCUCGGAUGACAAGGAAUUGUCGGACGCGUUUCGGCUAAACGCGUCCCUGCUGUUUCAAGAAAGCUGUCCUGAGGAAUCCCGAUUUUUCCUCGAGCAGCAUUUCGCAGGCCUCGACAUAAAGAAUCCAGAAUCCGCUGCGUUGGACAAAACAUCAGUGUGCCAGUACUGCUUCCAGUGGCUGCGGCCCGAAAACCACCGGGUGCGCCUGCGAGCCAAACGCCGGCCGUCCGCCAGGCUGCGGCGGCUCCUGCGGCGGCGAGCCGGGGGUUGUGCGCUCGGCCUGGUGCAGAAACGCCUGCUGCGGCGCUUCUGGACGUCGGCGUCUGCCCUGAUGGCCACCUGCCACACCUGCAGCAAGACAUCCAGACACAAAGGACUGAACCGGGAGUUGUUGUCCACCUUCCACACCCCGGGCAGCGGCGGCAAGCACAAGACGCCUUCAUCGGCCAACAGGUCGGCCGCCGCGAGCACGCCCGCCAAGACCCCCGGCAAGGACAAGACCGCCCCCCGCACCCCCAGGUCAGCCAGUCCAGCUAAAGCACAACAAUCGCCACCAGACAACAGGGGAUCUGAACUCCUCUUCCUCCAUUCGCCAGGUCGUCCACGUCCUCCGGCACGCCCGGCUCGAUCUCCUCGUCCUCCUCCACCCCUUCCGCCACCAAGACCCCCUCCAAGGGCAAGAAUUGGGUGGUCCAGCGUCUUAGCAAGCUCCUGUUGCGCGAGGACAAGCCGGAUGGCAAGAAGGGAAGCUUGAAGGACUUCCUCUCCUCACUCUGAGUCGCCUCUUCUUCUUUUCUUUUUGUUAACAAAGCUGUUUACACUUAAGGAAGGAAGGGAGGGAAGCUACUUUUGGUUCCUGAGGUGCUACAGCGCCCCCUCAGGCUGGGAUCUUGCAACAUCACCGCCGCGAACCUCAAAGUGACCAAGAGAUGCUUUUGUUGAGGUUUUCAUGUGAAAAUUCCUUCAAUUACGAUUUCUGCUACACUGCUGCAUGUGGAAUAUUUGAGCGAUUGAUCGGUAUUGAUCAACGCCACGGUGAUGUCGUUUGGUGUGGCUGGAUAUGCUAAUUUAUCAAUAUUUGAACUUUUUUAAGAAAUGUACAAACAAUAUGAUUUGCUUUGAAAAAGUUAGCUGUUGAUAAUCUUAGUCUCAUUUUCUUUACAAAAUUCAGUUGUUUUUUACAGUGAAGCAAAAAAAAAAAAAAAACAAUUUAAAUGUAAUUUGAUAAUACAGUAUUUAGUUGUUGGCCAUAUGUGCUGACUGCAUAGGUAUGUGCAUUUUAUUUUUUCUUUAUAUGAAUUUUUUUUAAUUAAGGAUCAAAACGUUUUGAUAAGGUAACUUGUGUAUCAAUGUUUUUUUUCCCUAUGGCUUUAUAUUUUGAUUUACACACGUAUGUUUUGCUGUCCCAUGACAAUUCAAAUUAGUUUACUAAAUGGCUUUUUGUUGCAGACAAAAUGUUUACAAUAUAUUUACAAGGUAAUAACAUUUGUGGUUAUUUUUUUUUUAUAUUUUGACAUUACUAUCUAUAAAGUGUUGUGCUUUUUUUUUUAAUACUGCCUUUCCCGCCUAGUUAUCUUAACAUUGUAUCAUGCUUUAAUACCUAAUUUUGAUUUCUA